UACAGAAGAUAGAAAACAUCUGUAUGACUUCAGAAAGGUUCUGCUGGUUCUGCUGGUUCUGACUCCAGACGAGCUGGAGCCUGGGUCUGUCUCUCCUCCCAUCCUGAGCCGUAUGAAUGGACCUUUGUUGGUUGCUAGGAGCGAUUUUCAUCAGGCUGCAGCAUGGAGACAAGUACCCCACUGUCUGCAAGCCUCCUCCUCUUCCUCCUCCUCCUCCUCUUCCUCUUUCUCCUCCUCCUCUUCCUCUUCCUUCAUCUUCGCCCUCCUCUUCCUCCUCUGGCCGACCUGGCUUAGAUGUUUGAAUCUCCUUCUCAGCUCAUCAAGAAGCACUCCAGAAUUUUUGAGAAAUCGUACAGCAUCGACCAUGAGCCUCUGUCCAGACAGCCAGGGGCGAAGAACCGGAAGCAGCCGAAUGGCAGAGCUUCGGCGUACUCUGACCUGCAGCAGCAUCGCCCCAGUGACGUCCACAGGAGGCCGUCCCCGGCGUCCAGCUGCGUCCCCCCGCCUGACUACAUGGACGGAGACGAGGACCUGAUCAAACCCAAGAAGCUGCUGAAUCCCGUCAAGACAUCCAGGAGCCACCAGGAGCUGCACAGAGAGCUGCUGAGCAGCUGCAGACGGGGGGGCAGCGGCGUGGAGACCAAGCCGGAGCUGCAGCGGGUUCUGGAGUCCAGGAAGCGGGAUCAGCUGAUCCGCCAGAGGAAACAGGAAGAGGAAGCGCGCAAGAAGAUUUCCCCACUGGAGGCCGAGCUGCUCAAGAGACACAUGAAGCUGGAGGAGCUGGAGCGUCAGCAGGAGCAGCAGGAGGAGGAGAGCCUCAGAGCUCCAGAGUUUGUUAAAGUCAGAGAAAAUCUGAGACGGACGUCCUUCCAUGCAGACGAGAAGGAGGUGUAGAGACGGUGACACAAUGUGUCCAGAAGAUGACAGGAGGACAGGAUGUUCUGGGGACGGAGCGUCCAUAGCAGGACUCUGCGAGGUCGGGGACAUGGCGGCCAUGAUGUCUCCCAGCAGAUGUUAAACCUGUCAGAUCCCUGAUCUGAUGCUAAUGUUUCCGCAUCAUGAUGAUUGUUAGACAGCUGCUGCCCCCUGGUGGUCAGCUUGUAGACAGCAGCACCUGGAUGAGCAGGUAGACCCACCUUAAGAGGAAGAGGAGGCUCUUCAUCAGCCUGAUGAUGCUUUGAUUAGCAGAACAGAUUUUCUGCUCUCUCAUUGGUCAUGAUGAUUCUCGGGUGUUUCAGCUCAAACUUCUUCUUCUUUGUGCCUUUUCUGUCAGGAACCGUUCCUCUGGGUCCUCCUGCCGCAGAAACAAGUUUUAUGUAGGUUUUAUUAAAACCAGAGCCAUUUUAUAGACGUAACCAUGUUAGAUCUGUGUUGUAGAGUUCAGCUCAGUGAGUUCAAGCUAACUCCUGUAGGACGUCUAACAGCUGCUAACAUCUGGCCCGCCCAGCUGUCCCUCUGCUGGGACCUGAUGAUGCAAAACAGCUGCAGUCACGAACCAACAGAGGAACCACUGAGGCCGGGUCGGCAUGAGACAUGAAACCACUUCCUGUCUGAGUGAGAACAGCUGCAGAGAUUUCACAGCACUUCAUGCUCAGACGAUGGACCGUAGGUUUGUUGACUGAUGUUGUGCCUGAAUAAAUCUUUAUUAAAGCA